CGUGUGGUAAAUCAUUUGCACACAAAGGAAAUUUGAAUCGACAUGCUUUGAUUCAUACAGAAGAGAGAUCACACAAUUGCAAUACAUGUGGAAAGUCUUGUCAAUCCAAAAGUAAUUUGAAGGCACAUUCAAGGGUUCAUACAGAUUAGACACUGUAACUUACAAUAGAAUAUCCAGACGAGACGUAAGAAAGAAGAGCCUCAGUGUACUGCAAGAAAACAAAUUAAGAUAAUCUCGGACAAUGCUUUCAAAACAACUGAUAAAAAGGAGAAAUGUUGCUAUUAGGCCUACACUGUGAACAACUGAUGAAAGUAUGUGAUUCACUCUUUAAAUUUAGACUUUAAAGCAAAUAUCAAUUAAUUAUUUCUUAAGGCGUGAUCACAAUAAAAAUCUGAUAAUUCUGUUUAUGAAUUAUACAUAGUAUGAUGGAACGUAAAAUACAAGAGAAACCAUAUUAUAAAACCCCAAGUAUGUUGCAAAAUAUGUAAUAGGCCACAUAAAAAUACAAGAUCCAAGCAAGACUUUAUUUUAAGUUUUAUGAGGUUGAAAUCCACUUGAUUGUAAAAUUUAACCAUUCCUACAAACAAAGGAUACAUUUAAAUAGACAACAAAGACCAACUGAUUAGUUGCUUACUUGUCUGACAAGUUUUACAAAGACAGCAAUUCAAAAUGUUAAAGCAUACUAAAGAGCUUCCUUUUAAGUGUCCAAUAUGUGGAAAACAUUGUUCAACUAAAGCAGUAAUGAAGAAUCACAUAUUGUUACACACGGGUGAGCGUCCCUUCAAAUGUUUAUUAUGUGAGAAAACCUUUGUCACACAAGGUAAUGUAAAGAUUCAUUUGUUGGAACACUCUAGGAAGUAUUCUGUUUACAAGUGCACCACCUGUGGAAAAUCCUUUGUAAAAAAAGGAAAUUUGAAACGACAUGCAUUGGUUCAUACAGGAGAGAGGCCAUAUAAGUGUACCACUUGUGGAAAAUCCUUUGCACACAAAGGGGAUUUGAAACUUCAUUUAUUGAUACAUACAGGAGAGAGGCCAUAUAAGUGCACAACUUGUGGAAAAUCCUUUGCACAAAAAGGGAAUUUGAAACUUCAUGCAUUGAUACAUACAGGAGAAAGGCCAUAUAAGUGCACCACGUGUGGAAAAUCCUUUUUACGGAAAAUAGAUUUGAAAGAACAUGCACUUCUUCAUACUGGAGAGAGACCAUAUAAGUGCAACACAUGUGGAAAAUCCUUUGCACACAAAGGAGUUUUGAAACUACAUGCUUUGAUUCAUACAGGAGAAAAGCCAUAUAAUUGCACCACAUGUGGAAAAUCCUUUGCACACAAAGGGGAUUUGAAAAAACAUGCUUUGAUUCAUACAGGUGAGAAGCCAUAUAAGUGCACAACUUGUGGAAAAUCCUUUGUACAAAAAGGGGAUUUGAAACAACAUGCUUUGAUACAUACAGGAGAGAGGCCAUAUAAGUGCACCACGUGUGGAAAAUCCUUUUUACGGAAAAGAUAUUUGAAAGAACAUGCACUUCUUCAUACUGGAGAGAGACCAUAUAAGUGCAACACAUGUGGAAAAUCCUUUGCACGCAAAGGAGUUUUUAAACAACAUGCAUCGAUUCAUACAGGAGAAAAGCCAUAUACUUGCACCACGUGUGGAAAAUCCUUUGCACACAAAGGACGUUUGAAACUACAUGCUUUGGUUCAUACAGAAGAGAUGCCAUAUAAGUGCACCACGUGUGGAAAAUCAUUUUUACAGAAAAGAGAUUUGAAAGAACAUGCAUUUCUUCAUACUGGAGAGCGACCAUAUAAGUGCACAACGUGUGGAAAAUCCUUUGUACGCAAAGGACAUUUGAACCGACAUGUAUCGAUUCAUACAGGAGAGAGAUCACAUAACUGCAGCAGACCUACAACAUGUGGAAAAUAUUGUCAAUUAAAAAUCAAUUUGAAGGCACAUUCAGGGGUUGAUACAGAAUGGACACUGUGGAAGUACACAACAUGGGAUACACUAAUGGGAUUUUAAAAAUUGAGAGUUAGGUUUUGUUAUGUAACAAUUCAAUUUUUCCCCUGAUAUUUUUAUUGAAUAAUUUAACUGUCACCAUAUGUUUUUCCUUUUAUUUAUAUGUCCGUUCAUCUCCUUUUUUCAAAUCUUGUAUAACAUAUGACCAAACAAACCAAUAGUUAAUUUAUUCAAUACAAUAUAGAAAAUUUUCAAAUAACCUAAUUUCAUGUAAAUAUAUAAUAGCAUAGACAAAAAGAAUUAAAUAUAGACCGUCAGCUGUGCUGCGGUUACCAUAAGUUCUGGCGCACACCGCUGGGAUCGCCACGGUAGUUACAGCGUACGCGCUACGUAAACUACAGCGGUGUGCGCCGGAACUCAUGGUAACCACAGCACGGCUGACAGUCAAUAUUUCAUUCUUUUUGUCUAUGAUAAUAGCCUAAAACUUUUGUAACAAAAUUGCUUUAAAUUCAAUAUAAUUUUACUUAAAUAAUUUUUCAAAAUUCAAAUUUAGCUCUCUAGCAUAUUAACCCAGUAACCUUGUUAUAAAAAUCAGAGUCUACCUUGCAUGAAAUGGGGUAGUAGGUUUCUUUUUUUUAUGUUGUUUGUAAUAGCACCGAGAUGCUAAAUCCAAAUUUUCGACCUCAGCGACCUUCCGGAUCACCUCAAAAAAGCUUAAAAAUGACAGAAUUACGCACUAUUUUUACGUUUGUCCGAUUUUGACCCUGAAGCAACACUUUUUCAUAGAAAACAACCGUAACCAUUUUUAAAGUACAUUAAAUUACCUAUCAUAAGAGACCAAAUUGGUUAUUACAGGCCUAAUAGUUUUCAAGAUAUGAUUCCGCAAACAACGACUAAAGUUACCAAAUUUUGAAUUUUUU